AGGACAUCAUGUGUUAUGAAUGUGCUGAGGUCUGGGUCUGUGGACCUGAAUGUUGAUCCCUCACUUCAGAUUGACAUACCUGAUGCACUCAGUGAGAGAGAUAAGGUCAAGUUUACAGUGCACACCAAGACUACACUGCCCACUUUUCAGAGCCCAGAGUUUUCUGUUACAAGACAACAUGAAGACUUCGUGUGGCUACAUGAUACACUUAUUGAAACCACAGACUAUGCUGGGCUUAUUAUUCCCCCUGCUCCUACAAAACCAGAUUUCGAUGGUCCUCGUGAAAAGAUGCAGACUGGGUCUAUGACCAAAGAAGAGUUUGCAAAGAUGAAGCAAGAACUGGAAGCUGAAUAUCUCGCUGUCUUUAAGAAGACUGUGUCCUCUCAUGAAAUAUUUCUUCAGCAGCUUUCUUCUCAUUCUGUUCUCAGUAAAGAUGGAAACUUUCAUGUUUUCCUGGAAUAUGAUCAGGAUCUAAGUGUUAGGCCAAAAAAUACCAAAGAAAUGUUUGGUGGCUUCUUUAAAAGUGUGGUAAAAAGUGCUGAUGAAGUUCUUUUCUCUGGAGUUAAGGAGGUAGAUGACUUCUUUGAGCAAGAGAAGAACUUCCUUAUUAACAAUUACAACAAGAUCAAGGAUUCCUGUGCUAAAGCUGACAGAAUGACCAGAUCUCACAAAAAUGUUGCUGAUGACUAUAUUCACACUGCAGCCUCCUUGCAGAGCCUGGCUUUAGAAGAACCCACAGUCAUCAAAAAAUACCUAUUGAAGGUUGCUGAACUCUUUGAAAAACUUAGGAAAGUGGAGGGUUGUGUCUCAUCAGAUGAAGAUUUAAAGCUGACAGAACUUCUCUGAUACUACAUGCUCAAUAUAGAGGCUGCAAAGGAUCUCUUAUACAGACGCACCAAAUCCCUUAUUGACUAUGAGAACUCAAACAAAGCUCUGGAUAAAGCCAGGUUAAAAAGCAAAGAUGUCAAGUUGGCUGAGGCACACCAACAGGAAUGUUGCCAGAAAUUUGAACAGCUUUCUGAAUCUGCAAAAGAAGAACUUAUAAAUUUCAAACGGAAGAGAGUGGCAGCGUUUAGAAAAAACCUAAUUGAGAUGUCUGAACUGGAAAUAAAGCAUGCCAGAAACAAUGUCUCCCUCUUGCAGAGCUGCAUUGACUUAUUCAAGAACAACUGAUCUAUCUGCCUUUUCUCUGAAGGAAACAAAUGUGAAAACUGCAUCACUCGCACUUAAAUCAUUACCAUAGAAUAUGAUUAGUUUUGACUUUAGUUUAAAAUUAUGUGAAUAAAUAUUUUGAUUUCUAAAAAUCUUAA